AUGCCAGAACUUGAUACAAUUAUUCAAGAAGCUCAAGGACAGAUUGGGCAACUGCAAUCUCGUCUCCAAGGAUGUCUCGGUACUGAUGUCUCCAUUGUUGUGGACUGGGCCACCUUUGAACAAAAUAUUCAACAAGACCUUCUUCCCUUCUCCUACGAAGUUUUGUGCUCAUGGAAUGGAUUCUUGGUUCUUGGUAAAAUUGUUGACACUGUUCAAACCAUGAUUCAAGAGUACGGAGGAAAUGCUCGUGAAGUGAUUGCUCGUCAAUUGGCACAAGUUAGACUUCAAUGCAUUGCUAUUCCUCCACCAAAACCAGUCGGAAAAGAAUUAACCACGGCAGAGAAACACAAACAAAAAUUGGAAGAGGCCGAGAAUCCAACCAUUAGUUUGAAGGAUGGCGCCAUGACAGUCUCCGUUCAGUUAGGUUUGGGUGCUUCCGGUGUUCCAAGUUAUUCCUACGUGAGUGAGACUUUGAAUGCCCUGUUCGGAGUGAGUUCUGCCUAUUAUAAAAAGGUUUUGGAGGAUCGUAUUGCCAAGACUAAGGAAGAAAUUAAGAGAGAAGUAGACGAUCCAAACUUUGAUAUUGAAAUUGUUUUUGAUUGGGAAAGUUUCCAAAAUGCUGGAAAUAUGGACUCGGCAUUGAAUAAUAUGGCUCGUUGGGAUUGUUGGUACUCCCUUCAAACAUUGCCACGUGCUUUCAGAUGGGCCAAGUCCGAUUAUCCUGUCACUCACGAGCGCUUGAAGCAAUCCCUCAAGAAGGUUGUCUUUUCCAAUGCCGAAGAUGACGGUGUUGAGAGAAGAUACUGGCACAGUUUUGCCAUGUUGACCAAUGGAACAUUGGAAAUGAGAGGUGUCUACAGAGAAUAUUGGGGAUACAUUUACAGCUAUGAUGUCACACGAGCAGUUGCUUAUGGAUGCAUUCUCGAUGAGGCUGAUCAAGCUUUUGAAAACAAUGAAACCCUAGAUAAUGAAAAAUUGGACCUUUUGGUUCGUGCUGUUCGUGAAAUUUGUUCCUCUAGCGCAGUCAGAUACGGAAACUUGAAGCCACUCAUUGAGCUCUCAAAGAGAAAAUGCUUCCCUCAAUUGGACGAAAUUGAUCAAGAGGCUGUUGACAUUUGCUUGAAGACCUACCACAAGGAAGUCAUGUGCAAGAGUAACAAGAAAGACGAAAAGAAGGAUAAAAAGGACAAGAAGGAAGAAAAGAAAGAAGAAGACGACGAGGACGGAGAUGAACCUGUGCACGAAGAAGAGGAAGGUGAAGAGAAAGAAGAGAAGCAAGAAUAUAAGGAAGGCACUCCAUUCCCAGAGACUGUGAUUAAGGCCUACUCAAUCAACAAGACCAACUUUAGAGGCCAAGUUCAAGCUCGUCUUGCUGUCAUUACUAACAAGGCUCUCUACACAUUUGCCUUCGACUACAAGAAGAAGGAACUCAUUAAGAGAAGAGCUCACCGUUAUGUGUACAAUAAUAUUUACUCUACUCGAUAUGGACCUCUCAGAGAUGACAAUGUUCAAGUCGUUGGAGGUGCUGCAGGUGCCAUUGCAAACGCUGCUCAAGACUUGAUGAAGGACUUGUCAAACUAUGGUCUCAAGAUUUACACAAACAUUAUCACUUCCAUGAAGGAAAGAAUGACUGAAAAGGCCAUCUCAAAGGCAGUCAAAAAAUUUGUCUUCAAGAUUUUGAAAUUCCUCGUUGAAGAUGUUCUCACUAAAGCCAUCGGAACUGAAAAGGAACCUGUUGUUGACAUUCCUGGUUUGCCAAAAUUCAACAGCCCUGGUUUCUUACUGAGAACUGCUGCUACCAGCUUGUACAGAGAUAAGGUUGACACUCAAAUCAGUGUAAAUGGCCUCGCACAAGCCAAUGUGGCCCACUCCUUGGAAAUUGCUGGAGAAAUGUUUGACACACUCUCAGAGACCAUUGAAUUGGAUCUUCCAAACUUGCCAAACAUGAAGUUGACUACUUUGCUCAUUCAAAUUUGUGACAUUUUAGAGCAGUACAAUGACGAUAUGGAUUUGAACAUCCCAAGCUCUAUUACUAUCAGUUCCCUCAUCAGAAGUAUCAACUCUGCUGUCUACAAAUUGGAACAAUCAGGCAAAAAUCCAACUCUCGAAUUCGAACAACCAAAAGAGUUACCAUAUCAAGACAUGAUUGGAUUGUUGAAGGGUGCUUUGGAAAAUUACAAGAAUAAGACUGAAUUUGACAAUACUGCCAUUAAGAAUUUGGCUACUGGUGAAUCAUUCCCCAAGUUGCCUGACCUUAUUGAACAAUUGAGCUCUGUUGCAGUACCUCAUAUCAAAUUCGAUCCAUAUCCACCUGUACUUGUGGCAGCUAUUUUGAAGGCUAUUGCUGGAUAUCUUGGUAAAUUCAACUUACCAGGUCUUAACUUGCUUGAAUUGAAGAUUCCAGGACUAAGUUUGCCAGGUUUGCCAAGAAUUAGUUUACCAGGACCACCAUUACCAGGUAUUCUUUCCAGACUCAAGCCUCCAAGCGAACCUUCAAGAGAAGAGUUUAUCGUGCAAGUCAACAAUCCAAAUAAGGCAUUGUCCAAGUUUUUGAGUGCUCAAUUCUGUUAUCUCAUCUAUGGUGCGCAAUGUAAUGACAUGUAUCCUUACUGGCCUUGGAGUCCAUAUGAAACGAGCUGGAUUUCCGUUCCAGUUUCUGUUGUGUCAAUGAUUUACAACAAGUCUGGUGGUAAAGGAAACAAAGAUAAGGCUGAGAAGAAGUAA